CUGCUGGCGGGAGUGUGUGCGUGUCCCGUCCGGGGAGAAGCGGGCUUGAUACGGCUCGGGCUGAGGACGCACCAGGACGUGGGACCCGUGUCCGAGAGCAUUAACCACAGAGACGACUCCGCCCGCCCGCACGGAGAGCAGGACAGACAUGUCUGUUAUACUGACAGCGGACUAGAACGUGUAAUAUGGAAAAAGAACAUUUAUUUAUAAUUAAUCUGUUAGGAACACUCUGUCGGUAUCAUAUUCACGACACGAAGUGGUCUGGAUGUCUCUCCAAUAUUACUUGAGUAGUUCCACAAUAACAAGGCAUUCCUUUUCUCCUUUGUAUAAUCUGACGUUCAAUAAACCAUUGAGAUAAAAAAAACAAUAACAAGGCACAAGACACAACUGAUGUAUGUAAAAACUGUGACUUGUGUUCUGAUUUGUAAUGACCUCGGACAGCGAAUUGUUCUGUAUGUUUUAUUCUCUUUUUUUUGCAUUCCUUUUCUCCUUUGUAUAAUCUGACGUUCAAUAAACCAUUGAGAUUAAAAAAAAAAACCCACAGGUUGGAUCUUUUUUUCUGGUGCUGCGUUAGCAUUGUCAUUCUAGACCCACUCCCACCCCCACGGAGACGCACGCUUGAUUAUCAAACCCCUCCCGCCUGUAUCUGGCGGCGGCCGGACCCCCGUGUCUUCACGAGGAGCGCACGAGCGCGGCUGUCCUGCCCGGGUCCUCCGAACCGAACCAGCGCGCGCCCGAACCGCCAGAAGUUGCAGAGACACACCUCCUCCUCCUUCUCCUCCUCCUCUUCCUCCUCGCCUCUGAGGGCAAACUCGCCCCGCAGGUGAAGGGGCGUCGCAAUCGCAGCGAUCGCUCGAAGGCGCGAAACUGCGUGGAACCUGGGCGCCCCGUGGGACCGCGCAGGAGUCUCCAGUCCGCCUCGCUGAGAGCCCACGGCCUCGCCACUCCUGACCGGCUGCGAGUGAGAGUCAGAGACCGGCCUGCGCCCUCCUGUUCGCCCGCACGCAGAAGAUACCCUGGUUCUCGGAUGACAGAGAGCGAGCCUGCUCCGGCCCCUGUGAGGGGGUCGUGGCCGUGGCGUGGGGGCGGCGUGUCCGUGGAGAGGGGAGAGAGGGCACGGAUGUCUGUCCGCCUGGCCUGGCUGGUUCUUCUGUGCGCCGUCUGCCCCAGCAGUGCCUCUCGGGUCCUCGCCCGGCCGGGGGACCACGUGCAGGUGACCUGCGAGCUGCCCGCCGCCGUCCCGGCCGACCAGGUCCGCUGGUUUCGAGACGGGGGGCCCGCUGGCGGGCUGAGGGAGCUGGACAGGGGCCGCGGGCCGGGAGGUCCCGGCGGCCGCGGAGGGGGUGGCGACAGAGGGCCCGCCGGCCGGCAGCUCUUCUCCCUGCGCGUCCGCGUCAACGCCAGCAGCGACGCGGGGCUGUAUUACUGCGCCGAGUACAGCGGGAGCUACCUGAGGUUCUCCGCCCCCACGGCGGUGAUAGUGACAGCAGCCGGUGCGCCAGCAGAGGGCGCCCAGGUGUCGGUGCUGGCGAAGGGUGGUGCCCGCGGGCAGGGCGUGGCACUGCGGUGCGCCGCGGCCGGGCUCCGGCAGUCCUGGGUCCAGCUGAGCUGGCGGGAGUCGGGUCUGCCCAGGGAGCCCGCGGUCCCGCGCAGGGUACUGGGAGAGUCGGGCCGCGGGCCGGCCGGGAACCGGGUCGUCGGCACCCUGAAGCUGUCCUGGGAGGAGUGGAGCCAGGGGGCGCUGUGGUCCUGCCAGGUGCAGACUGCCCCAGACACCGUCCACCACAGCCGGAACAUCUCAGCACUGGCCCUGCUGAGGGAGGAGUCCUGCUCCCUCCUCCCUGCUCUUCCUCCCUCGGCCUGCCUCCUCUUCCUCGCUGCGAUCCUGUGUGCCAGCGCCGUGGCCAUCAGACGCUGCCCCCCUCCAUGCCUGGACGGACCCCUCCGUCCGCUCACCUGUGACACCGGCGCAGCUGGCAGGGAGAGUCGCAGACGGACCCACCAGGACGUCCCGCAGCAGAGGAGGGGCAGUGAGGACGAGCUGGUGACCUACAUUCAGGUGGACUUUCAGCGGAGAUCCAGAGACAGGAGGCCAGAGCCCACCGCAGGACAGACCCUGUACAGCCCUGUACAGCCCUGUACAGCUGUAAAACAGACCUGUACAGCCCUGUACAGCUGUAAUACAGAGCCUCUACAGCAGUAAUACUUUAACUUUUGUUUUGGUGUGUUUUGUUUUGUUAACUUUCUACAUACUGUAAAUAAAGAGCACUUUUCUUUCUA